AUGAACUCCUGAUAAUCAGAGGGUCCGUAAACAACCGCUCAUCGAGCCUGCGUCGCACCGUAACGGACUGGCGGGUGUAGCGACCGUAUCACGCAGAGUGCGAGUAACGGAAUUUUGAGGUUAUGAACGGACCUGCGAAGAAAAGCGGCGACAACGGUGUUGCUACUGGUGCGACUUAUGCUGUCAGGUCUAAGCAGGAAAAGCCACGGUUGCCAGCGGGUCGAGGUUUCGUCAAGAUGAUGAACCCGUGCGUGAUUCCACAGCCACCUGAGGAUGUCGUUGGGGAUGGUAGGUGGAUGUCUAUGCACAAUCGUUUCGUGCAAGAAGCAAAGACAAGUGAAGGCGAGGUGUUAUUCAUAGGCGACUCGAUUAUUCAACAGUUACAAUUUUCUACUUUGUGGACUGACAAAAUAAGUUCGCUGCAUUGCAUCAAUUUUGGAAUAGGUGGAGACAGGGUGGAGAAUAUAUUAUGGAGAGUACAAAAUGGAGAGCUAGACUUCAACACUAAGAUUAAGGCUGUAGUUUUAUUCGUAGGUACAAACAACAUAGACUGUACACCGCACGAAAUAUUUGAAGGUAUCUUAGAGAUAAUCAAAGAGAUAAAACAUCGAUUGGGAAAUGAUGUUGCCAUCAUUUUGCCGACGUUGCUUCCAAGAGGUCAGUACCCAAACCCCUACAGGGAACGUAACGACCACGUCAACACAUUCCUGCUGGAUAAAUUCUGCAAUGAAGCCAACGCUGAUGAGGUCACAGAAAACGUCCACGUUGUUGUGAUCGAUAACGACAUAAUCAGCAACGACCAAACCAUAUCACAUCACAUCAUGCAUGACUACCUGCAUCUCACUAACUCUGGAUACACUAAGGUUUUCGGAAAGGUCUACGAGAAGCUGUGCGAGGUCCUCAAAGUACCGCCAACCAAAUGAUACAAGUUUCUGGUUGUUGGAUGAUAUUGUUGCUUCCAUAAGAUUAUGUAUUUUUAUAUAAGAUUCAUUAUUACUAUUUUUAAUAAAUGUAUUAUUCUUAUA